GGGGGGGAGAGGGCGAGGGGGGAGCACCGGACCCGGACCGGACCCGGACCGGACCCGCCACUUCACCGCCUCAGCAAGACGGAGAAACUUUAUCCUUGUUGUAACCGCGGGGUACAUUAAGUAAGCUGCCUUCUCUUCCAAUCCAAGAUGAGUGCCAAAUCUGCUAUCAGUAAGGAGGUUUUUGCUCCACAUGAUGAAAGAAUGCUUGCGGCAGUCCAGGUUAAGCGAAGAACCAAAAAAAAGAUUCCGUUUCUAGCGACAGGAGGUCAGGGAGAAUAUUUGACCUACAUCUGCCUGUCAGUGACCAAUAAGAAGCCAGCACUGGUUUCCAUUACCAAGGUCAAGCAGUUUGAAGGGUCAUCAUCUUUUGUGAGAAGGUCACAGUGGAUGCUUGAGCAGCUUCGACAAGCGAAUGGUAUAGACCCCAAUAAGGAUUGUCCUGAAUUUGACCUAGUGUUUGAGAAUGCCUUUGACCAGUGGGUUGCAAACACAGCCUCGGAGAAAUGCACUUUCUUUCAAAUCCUUCACAAUAUUUCUCAGCGAUAUCUUUCAGACAAGAAGCCAGAGUUCAUCAAUUGCCAAUCUAAAGUGUUGGGAGGAAAUAGUAUCUUGCAUUCAGCUGCAGACAGUGUUACUAGUGCGGUCCAGAAAGCCAGCCAAGCCCUGAACGAACGCGGUGAAAGGUUAGGCCGAGCCGAAAAGCAAACUGCAGAGAUGAUGAACAGCUCCCAGCAAUUUGCAGAAACUGCACACAAGCUUGCAAUGAAGCACAAAUGCUGAGCAGUUGCCAAACAAUUUGAGAGUUGUGUCCAGGGUGAUCUUCACGCAGAGUGACAGAAGUUUGUGUCUGUACAUUUCCUUCAAUGGAAAUUUAUUUCUUCAGACUUGAUGCUGCCAAUAGUAGAAUAUGUUUAAAUAUUUUUUUAAAAUUUAAUUAGCAAUGUUUAACAAAAACAAAAUAUUGUCUUGAUCUUUUUUCAGUGUCUUAGAGAUCCAGGCUAUUAGUAGCCCUGAAUGACUAUAGCUGUACGCUUUCAUCUUAUACAUACAGCUUUUAAUUAAUGUAAUGUUGUAUUACACAAUAUUAAUAAAAAUUUCAAUAAUGAUUUUUUUAAAAACUUAUUUAAACAAUCUUGGAUAAACCAUGUAUUGUGGCUGAAUAGAGUUUUGUUAUAGGAAUUGGACUUUUCGAACUAUAAUGUCACUCGAACUGUGACUGAGAAAUAUGUAAUGUUCAUUUUUAAUGAUGACGACUCAUUUUAAAAUCAACCAGUGAUUAUUCCAAUUACAUUCCAAUGUGAAGCGUACACCGGGACACUGAUACUGACUCAUGAGGAAAACUGGGGUAUUGUGCAGUUGUGAAUGCCAUGAGAAAACUCGAUCUUUCAACCUCCAGGUGGAGAUUAGCACGAGUAUAUUAUUAAGUAGCAUACUGAAAAUAUAAUUUGGGUAAAUGUUUCAUAUUGAAGAAUGUAUCUGUAAAAUGUCAUUAGUUCAGGUGAAUUAUAAUUACUGGUGUUCUGUAACAAUAAACACUGCAGACAACUGCUUGUACAAAUGUUUAAAAAAACAAGAGGCAAUCUUGCCACUUGGUAUACCUUGUUAAUUCUGACUGCAGCAGAGUGUGUGCUGUGAAGUUCUGUGCCUGUCUAUUCAAUGUGUGGGUUAAUGCUCUGUUCUACUGUUUCCAGCCUUAGUAUCAUUAAAACAUUUCAAUUGUGCAGUG